CUGCUCUCUGAUGAAUGAAGAAAGAAUAUGUUUAUAUAGAUUGAAACUUCCUUUCUCAUUUAAAUUCUAGAGAGUAAAAAUGUCGAAGAGAGGACGUGGUGGUUCAGCCGGAGCUAAAUUCCGAAUUUCUCUCGGUCUUCCUGUUGGAGCCGUUAUAAAUUGUGCGGAUAAUACAGGAGCAAAAAAUCUAUAUGUUAUCGCUGUACAAGGUAUUAAAGGUCGCUUAAACAGAUUACCAGCUGCUGGAUCUGGUGACAUGAUUGUAGCAACUGUCAAAAAAGGUAAACCAGAACUCCGGAAAAAGGUAAUGCCAGCAGUGGUUAUUCGACAACGUAAACCAUUCAGAAGGAAGGACGGUGUUUUUAUAUAUUUUGAAGAUAAUGCUGGUGUUAUUGUAAACAACAAAGGUGAAAUGAAAGGAUCAGCUAUCACAGGACCCGUUGCAAAAGAAUGUGCAGAUCUUUGGCCAAGAAUUGCAUCAAAUGCAAGCAGUAUUGCUUAAGAAUUUUGUUAUUUAAGUGAUUAUAUAUUAAAUAAUAUUUGUUUAUAAGCGGUACUGUAAAAAAUUAUAAAAAUAAAAAGAUCACUUGCUUGAUCACCAAAAAAAAGGAGAUUCUUUAACAACUUUUUUUUAAUUCCUUAAUUAACAACAAACCACUUAGUCAUGGUGGCUUUGGUUAGCGGCUGGCUACACCUGAAAAACUCAUGAAGAAAUAAGGGUGGGCAAAUAUCAAAAUAACCAGUUGUUAAACCGUUCGACGGUGGUGGAUUUAAACGUCAGGAGAAUGUUAAUUGUUCUGCUUAAUUAAUCAGUGUAAAAACUUGUCAAGAAUUAAAUGACUAUAUCAGCUUAGUUCCAAAUUA